AGAUUUCCCUUUCCAAAAUCUCGUCAAAAUUUCCAUGAAAAUCUCGAGGGGUAUUUCAGUCAUUGAACAUAUUUACAACAUUAAAGCAUUUAAGUACAACUCAUUUCCCCAUGGGCAUGUCUGCCGAAAGAAAGAGAAAAGAAAAGAAAAAGAAAAAUUAGAAAAGUGAAGGAAACCGAUUCCGCAGUUGCAAAAGAUUCCGAGUUAAACUCAGUGAUUUAAUGGCUCGGAGGCCCGACGAGGAGUACGAUUACCUCUUCAAGGUAGUGUUAAUCGGCGAUUCCGGCGUCGGAAAAUCGAACCUGCUUUCCCGAUUCACUCGGAACGAGUUCUGCUUGGAAUCCAAAUCCACCAUCGGCGUCGAGUUCGCCACGCGCACUCUUCAGGUUGAUGGGAGAACUGUGAAGGCUCAGAUAUGGGACACAGCUGGACAAGAGAGAUACAGGGCAAUAACGAGCGCAUAUUACCGUGGUGCCCUUGGAGCUCUUCUCGUAUACGACGUCACAAAACCAACUACAUUCGACAACGUGACUCGUUGGUUGAAAGAGCUGAGAGACCACGCAGAUGCCAACAUUGUUAUUAUGCUCAUAGGCAAUAAAACCGAUCUCGAGCAUCUUAGAGCUGUUGCAACAGAAGAUGCGCAAGGCUUUGCCGAAAGAGAGGGGCUCUCGUUCAUCGAAACCUCUGCUUUGGAAGCAACUAAUGUGGAGAAGGCUUUUCAGUCCGCACUUUCAGAAAUAUAUCGGAUUAUUAGUAAGAAGUCUCUCUCUUCGGACGAGCCUUCACUUUCGAGUGUCAAAGAAGGGAAGACACUUGAUGUUGGUUCUUCGCAAGAUACCAUUGCAAAGAAGACGUGCUGCUCUACGUCUUAAUUGCUGAAUUUCUCUCCCUUUUUUUUUCUUUUUUCAUAAUUACCAAAUUGCCCCUCGACCGCCUACUUAUCUUUUUUUGGCUUCCUUUUUGUCUUGGAUAUUGAUUGUUUUGAAUUGCUUGUAUUUAUUCUCUUCUCGUACUUUUCGACAUUUUGGAGUUUCUUCAUUCUUAGACUUGCUGAGGGUUUGUUAUCGAAUGUUAUUCAUUUGAGUAUAUUGAUUAUUCAUUAUGUGUAGCCAAGUGGAAAUUGGUAUGGAAUUU